AACUUGACGAAAAAAAAUCUAUGUUUUCUCCCAAGUUUAAAAGCGUUUAAAGUGUCACACUAACAUUUUGGAGGAGCUGCAUAUUGGUUGGGCGUUUGUAGUUUUUUUUAAAGAUACGGUGGUGCGGCAUUCUUAAAAAUUAUUUGUUAAAAUAGUUUGAAACAGUUUCGCUCUCAACCAAUUCGCAGUUAAAGUGAAAUUAAAUUCGGUGUUUCAUUGAACAAUCAAAAAUAUGUUAUGUGAUUGAAAAGGCAUUUCUUUUUAGAUAAAUCAUUUGACUGUAUUGGGUGAGUGAAGGGGAAAGAAAUCGAAUAUUUCUUUUAAAAAAAUCAUUCUGUUCCCAAUUUAUACUGAAGUGUGUGUAUGAUACACGGUUUGGGUGCUGAUGGUAAACUAGUUCUGCAAUUACCAAUUAUUAUUUUUUUGUUGUUGUUGUAAACAAUCGCAGUAAUUCAGUGAUAACAUUGUUGCGGAACUCUUUGUCCAUUUAAAUAUACAAAAUAAUUAAAUCGCCAAACAACAAAAUAUAAAUCGCCCGGGGGCUGCACCUCUCCUUCACCAUUUUUUUCCGUGGUGGCUUCUUCAACGCAACACUGAUCAAGUUUCCUUAAAAAGUAGAUAAUGCGACUUUAUCACCGUAUCGCCAAAUUCCUGUCCUCGCCAAUACAUAUUUUGAAUGGAAUCACCAACAAUACGAACAUGCAUUCAACAUCAAAACACUUUCUGCACUGUACGCUGCUGUUCACCGUUAUCCUGCUGUUCGAACUGUUUUCCGGCGGCAUUAAAAUUAAUGAAAAUUCGUUCACACUCGUCGAUCCAUGGACGGCGUAUGGUGACGUAGCAACAGUCAUUUUAUAUUUACUGAGGUUUUUAACGCUGCUUACGUUACCGCAAGUUCUAUUCAACUUUUGCGGUCUAGUAUUUUACAAUGCAUUUCCGGAGAAGGUAGUACUGAAAGGUAGCCCACUAUUGGCACCAUUUAUCUGCAUUCGGGUGGUGACACGUGGAGAUUUUCCCGACUUGGUAAAAGCGAACGUGGCACGCAAUAUGAACACAUGUCUGGACGCAAAUUUGGAAAAUUUUCUGAUUGAAGUGGUGACGGACAAAGAAAUAAACUUGGCUCAACAUCGGCGAACGCGUGAAAUUGUUGUGCCGAAAGACUAUAAAACGAAGAGCGGUGCACUGUUCAAAUCACGUGCGUUACAGUAUUGCUUGGAAGAUUCAGUGAAUGUACUUAACAACAGCGAUUGGAUUGUCCAUUUGGACGAGGAAACGCUGUUAACCGAAAAUAGUGUUAGAGGAAUCAUUAACUUUGUACUGGAUGGAAAACAUCCGUUCGGUCAAGGCCUUAUUACUUAUGCGAACGAAAAUGUUGUUAACUGGUUGACAACACUAGCGGACAGUUUUCGAGUAAGUGACGAUAUGGGGAAAUUACGACUUCAGUUCAAAUUGUUUCACAAGCCGUUGUUCAGUUGGAAAGGCAGCUAUGUUGUAACUCAGGUAAUAGCUGAAAAAGAGGUCUCAUUUGACAAUGGCAUUGACGGAUCCGUAGCUGAAGACUGUUUCUUUGCUAUGAGUGCAUUUAGCAAAGGUUACACAUUCAAUUUCAUCGAAGGUGAAAUGUACGAAAAGUCUCCCUUCACAUUGCUCGACUUUCUGCAACAACGGAAACGCUGGCUGCAAGGCAUCCUGUUGGUCGUUCACUCGAAGGUGAUACCAGCCAGACAUAAGAUAUUCCUAGCGAUCAGCGUUUACUCAUGGGUCACGAUGCCCCUGUCCACAUCAAACAUCAUCUUUGCCGCCCUGUAUCCCAUUCCGUGUCCGAACUUAAUGGAUUUCGGAUGUGCAUUCAUUGCCGGCGUCAACAUUUACAUGUACGUCUUUGGCGUUCUGAAAUCGUUUUCGCUGUACCGUUUCGGUGUGGUGAAAUUUCUAAUGUGUGCAUUGGGAGCCGUUUGUACGAUACCGGUGAAUAUUGUCAUCGAAAAUAUUGCGGUGGUAUGGGGUUUGGUGGGUAAAAAACAUAAAUUUUAUGUUGUCCAAAAAGAUGUUCGAUCUCUAAUUACAGUUUAGACAAAAGAAAAUUUACAGUGAAUGAAAACAAGUAAGAAAAAGAUAACACGAAAAAAUAUUAAAAAACAAAAAAAAAUUAUUUAAAGUUUACAACUAAACAAACAAAUAAGAAAAACGUUGACUUUAAGUUGGUAGUUUCGUAAUAAAAAAUUUAAUUUAACGCAAAAGUGUCGGUCUUUUUUUUCGCUAAGAAUUGCUGUUUAUAAUUUUUAGUGUAAAGAAUUAUAUUUUUUUUGAAUGAUUUUAA